AAUCGACUUUUUUGUAUCCUUACUGACGCCCGCCUUUUACGUUUGCCUUUUGUGUACUAGCUAACAUGUGUUUUACAUGCAACAUAUCGGCGGGAGCGAGGGAGAAGCUGGCGAUAAUGAUUGGCGUUCUUAAUUGUUGUAUCGCUUUAUUUGGAAUAGCUCUAAUCGGCAUUGCGAUAUACAUGAAAAUAAGCAUUGAAUCCAGAAUGAUGAUGCUGGAGGGAUAUGACACUGGACUUCUGCCACAUUUUCUCCUUGCAGUGGGAAUCAAAGUAGUAGUUUUGCAUGUUAUAACGUUUAAGAUUGUAUACGAUUGUUCGUCUUACGAGAUGAAUAGGAAUUGCGUGAACUUUCUACUUUUUGCCGUUUUAUUGUCAUUUAUUCUAGUCUGGUUCCUACUAGCCGGGGGUCUGAUGUGUUUUACCCAUCGAUCUGUCAUCGAAGAAUCCUUGCAAAACGGCCUCGGCUCAGUGAUGAAACGGUACAAAACAGAAAUGCUCGCGAAGGUAACAUUAGAUAAACUACAACAGGAAUAUCACUGUUGUGGCAGCAAUGGCUACAGCGAUUGGUUUGACAUCAACUGGGUCAAUGAAGAAUCCCUGAAUGUAAAGAAUCCAGACAUUAUACGGAAGUUGAAGGCUGGGUUGUACUACACGGACGAUGUACCCUACAGCUGUUGUGACGUCGCGUCAGCCCGCCCAUGUGUUCAUCAUGAUGUCAAGGACAAGUCGAUGCACGUGCAUUACGGAAGCAUUACUUUGUACCAACCAGGCUGCUCCAGUGUUCUCAUGGACUUUUUUGAAAACAAAAUCCUUGUGCCGACAGGAUGGUCCGUUAUUACGGCGUUCUUUUUACAGUUCAUUACGGUGGUACUAAUGAGGUAUCUACAGACUUCUUUGGCGGAAGCACGUGACAUGGAGGAUCCCAUGGGGUAUGGGACAGGAUACUGCAUCCCGGGCUGUCCGUGUGAAUGCUGUACCACCGGGGACCCAAUGAAAUAUGUCAAACGGAAGAAGCGUGCCAGGAACGACGUAGAAUAUGGAAUGGAUGAUGCCCCUGACUAUGGAAUGGGUGGUGGUGCCCCUGACUAUGGAAUGGAUGGUGCCCAUGACUAUGGAAUGGAUGGUGGUGCCCCUGACUAUGGAAUGGGUGGUGGUGCCCCUGACUAUGGAAUGGGUGGUGGUGCCCCUAAGUAUGGAAGGGGUGGUGGUGCCCCUGACUAUGGAAUGGGUGGUGGUGCCCCUGACUAUGGAAUGGGUGGUGGUGCCCCUGACUAUGGAAGGGGUGGUGGUGCCUCUGACUAUGGAAUGGGUGGUGGUGCCCCUAACUAUGGAAUGGGUGGUGGUGCCCCUGACUAUGGAAUGGGUGGUGGUGCCCCUAACUAUGGAAUGGGUGGUGGUGCCCCUGGCUAUGGAAUGGGUGGUGGUGCCCCUGACUAUGGAAUGGGUGGUGGUGCCCCUGACUAUGGAAUGGGUGGGGGUGCCCAUGACGGCAGUCGUAACAGACACAGAUCAAAGGAAAAGAGCAGAAAAGACAAGGAAAAGAGCAGAAAAGAUAAAAAGGACAAACGACGGAAGGAUAAAUCCCGAGAUAGUAAGGACCGAUCAUCUAAAGCUGAUGGCAAAACCUCCUCUGUAAAAGGAAAAGGUUCGCCCGAAUCGAAAACCUCGCCUAAAGCAAAGAAAUCUCCAAAGAAAUCAUCCAAAUCUCCAAAAAGAUCACCAAAGACCUCUUCAAAAUCUCCAAAAAGAUCACCAAAGACCUCUUCAAAAUCUCCAAAAAGAUCACCAAAGACCUCUUCAAAAUCUCCAAAAAGAUCACCAAAGACCUCUCCAAAAUCUCAAAAAAAAUCACCAAAGAGAUCUCCAAAAUCUCCAAAAAGAUCACCAAAGACCUCUCCAAAAUCUCCAAAAAGAUCACCAAAGAGAUCUCCAAAAUCUCCAAAAAGAUCACCAAAGACCUCUCCGAAAUCUCAAAAAAAAAGAUCACCAAAGACCUCUCCAAAAUCUCUAAAGAGAUCUCCAAAAUCUCUUAAGAGAUCUCCAAAAUCUCUAAAGAGAUCUCCAAAAUCUCUUAAGAGAUCUCCAAAAUCUCUUAAGACCUCUCCAAAAUCUCUUAAGAGAUCUCCAAAAAGGUCGCCAAAGAAAUUGAAAGCAAGAAGGAGAUAGAUCGGCGGUCAUUUAUGAUUACAGAUACAACAAUAGAUUAGGAUUGUCUCCCCUUGUUGUCUAUACAACAGACACAGUGAUUUACAAAAAAUUACCAAUAUAUUUUUGAAUAUAGAUUACAUUAGCAGCUGUCACGUUUUGUGUUUACACAAUAUUGUCGUUCACACUAUGUAAAUUUGGAAUCUCGGUGGGUAAAUUUGCCAAGUUAAUUGUUAAAUAGAUAUACAUUGUAUUGUGACAAAUAUUCCAUGGUAUUUACCAUCCCCCGGUCUUAAAGAAAGAUAAAUACAAGUAUAUACAUAAAUGUAAAUACUUUUUCUUUCUUGUAUAAAUUCAAAUCAUAAUUGCGAUAUACACGUCUCUGCAUAGGCCGAUAAAAUAUUAUUCACGAAAGAUCAUAUCGGCAAUUUUACAAAAUUGAAAAAUUAUGUGAUUACGUUAAUGAUUAAAAUACUAAUGGUAAUGGGCCCAUUUCAUUGUUAAAAUUUGCUACAAGUAUUACUUCACACAAUGUCGACUGAUGAGCUUUAUACAUGUAUGUGAUAAGAUGUGUUUGUGUAGAAUCUUAAUAGUUUGACUGACCUUAGCUCUUAGCACCUUUAAUAAAAAAUUCAGUGACGCACGCUGAGCUGAUUACAAAGAAAAUGCGUUAUAAAAUUCUUGAAAAAAAAAA